CCUAGACACCCUCCAUUCCCACACUGAAGCCCGCCCCCAAGAUUAUGGCGAUUCAAUUCCAAAUCCACAAUUCUGGUUCCAUUGAUCAGCCUUGCUCGAGCACAGAGCAGCGGUGAGAAAGAACCGGACGAGCUAAAUACUCAAAUGGGUCAAGACAAGUCAAACUAGGGUCAUUUGCGGGAUUCCAUAUAGCGUAUAAUAUUAGCCUUAUGCUAGCUUGUGAGGUUAAGAUAGCUUGAGUUUGUUCUGGUGUAGUAGGUGUAUAAAUACAGCUAGCACAGGAUUCGGUACCACCGCCUUGCGUCAGCAUAGUAGGAUAGCCACGCUAGCUAGUAACGAGACGGGUUAUUUUUGGUAUGAGUGAUCGAGCUCUGGCGUGCACUGGGAGAAUUAUUUCGCCAUAUGCAUAGCAAACGUCGGCUUCGUUUUAUACAUUGGAGUCGCUAUGAAUCCUGCAUAUUUCAUGACAGAAAUCUGAAGUCUGGGCUGUAGCCAUUUUUGAUUUAUUCUUCAUUGUUUGUACAUUUCGUGAUACUUAAACAGUCAGUAAGUGGUACAGUAGUUUUCGUUUAUAGAUUUGUUCCGCACUUCAUACAAUUUCAUUGAUUGAAUGUCAUACGAGGCGCCCUUAGAAAAUGGACCUGAAUUUUUACUCUGAUUUAAUGGAUGGGACUGGGCAACACGGAGAUCCAGAAUUCCUGGACCCCGGGUCUUUCAAUGGAUUUGAUAAUAAGUUCCCUGGAGGCAGUGACAACUACCUGACCAUCAGCGGGGCAAGCCAUCCGUUCCUCUCCUCCUCUGAGACAUUCCACACCCCCAGCCUGGGCGAUGAGGAGUUUGAGAUCCCCCCCAUCUCCCUGGAUCCGGACCAGGCCCUCACUGUGUCUGAUGUAGUGGCCCACUUCGGAGAGCUCUCGGACGGGGACCGCGGUGGCCUGUCCACCCCCGGGAAUGCGGUGGUGGGGGGAGACGACCCGUCCUUCGCCUUGACCUUUGUCAACCCACAUUCGGGGUCACAGGGGCUGGAACACCAUCUUAGUCUGGGGGUCAUCAGUCAACCUGGUGGAGGAGGGGCCAUGCUGGGGUCUGCUCUGGGGAUGGAUCUGGGACACCCCAUUGGCUCCCAGUUCAGCAGCUCCUCCCCAAUGACCAUAGACGUCCCGCUGAGUGACAUGGGCCAUGGCCUGUUGGGCCACAAUCAGCUAACCACCAUGGACCAAUCAGAGUUCAGCGCACAGCUGGGGCUCAGCCUGGGGGGCGGGGCCAUCCUGGCGUGCUCGCAGUCGCCUGACCAACCACUAUCGGCCGCUGCUUCACCCGUUGGUUCGCUACAGGAUGACGACAUGGACGACUUCAGACGGCAGAGCGUGUUGGUGGAGUCCCCUGUCUCUCUCGGCGUCAUCUCCCUCGAUCCCUCUCUCUCCGAUUCCCCCAUACCUUCCUCCGCUCCGUCCUUCAGCACCCCUCCUAAUCUCGUCCGGAGAGGGGGAGCGGUCGGAGGAGGGAAGAAAGGGAAGAGGAGGAAAGACCUCAACGAGCCCCAGAAGCCAGUGUCGGCCUACGCUCUGUUCUUCAGGGACACACAGGCAGCCAUUAAGGGACAGAACACAAACGCCACCUUCGGAGAGGUGUCCAAGAUAGUGGCCUCCAUGUGGGAAAGUCUGGGGGAGGAGCAGAAACAGGUGUACAAGAGGAAGACUGAGGAUCUCAAGGCUCUGGCAGCCUACAGAGAUAAUCAACUUCCUGAGCUGAACAUAGAGCUUCUGGACACUGCUCUGUCGCCUCCCUCUCCUCCUUCCCCCGCCCCUCUCCCCACCCCCGUCGCCCCCCAUCCCCGCUCCACUCGUUCCUCCGCCCCCCACCUGGCCCCCGAGGAGAACACCAUUACCAACAUCUGCACCUCCAACAUCAUCCUAACAGGUGGAGAUCUCCCUCAGGUCACCACCCGUUCCCGUACAGGGGCACACAAACCACCCGCCCCGGCCCCAAGCCCCCCCACCGUCACCAAAAUCAUCAUCAAGCAACAGAAGUCUCCCUCAGGGGUGACGGUGGUGUCCAGUAGUACGGUAUCGUCGUCCCGUCAGCCACCGCCACUCCAACAGAUGCAGAACACCCCUCCUCCCCCGCGUCUCCAGCAGAUGGUACAUGCCCAGGCCCCUCCGCCACUGCAGGCCAAACCAAGAGGCGGGGGUGCCAGCGGUGCCACAGCACCACCACCCCUGCAGAUCAAGAUGGUCCAUCCCUCAGAUUUGGACUCUCCAAUUAUCGUGACUGCUGCGGGUGGGUUAGCCGCGUUGGGUGGGUUCAAUCCGAACUCGGGGGAGGUGGUACAGUCCUCUGCCAUAGUAAUGGCCUGUUCAACAGAGGCUGAGGACGGGGCUGAAGGAGAGGAAGGGAUGCAGGUAGAGUUGAAUGUGUCUUCAGGGCCAGUUGUGACCCAGACCUCCAGCCCUAACCUGUGUGUCAGAGCCGGCUGCACCAACCCAGCUGUCGAGAACAAGGACUGGGACAGGGAGUACUGCAGCAACGAGUGUGUGGCCACACACUGCAGGGAUGUCUUCAUGGCCUGGUGUGCGAUCCGCGGGCAGAACUCCACCUCUGUCACGUAAGGAAUGGACAGAAGAGAGGAGUGAGAGAAGAUUGUCAUGAUAUAGACAUGAUAGAGGGAGGACUAGGAAGGAGAGAACAGGAGUGUGAACUGGACAAUGGACAUGGUGGAGGGAGGAGAUGGAAGGAGAGAAAGGAGAAUAGAUUUGGCUUUUAUUCACAGCAGACUUUGUCCUCUAAGAAGAAUCAAGUGGAAGACCAAUACUCCUGUGAUGUUAAAUUAUGAAGUUUAAAUAAUGAGAGUAUUUUAUAUUAAAUGUUUUUAAUCAUUUUAAAAUGUUGGUGAAAUGUAAUAUAACGCUGCAGGGUACUAUUGGGAUGUCUUGGACGUUAGUUGGAUAAAGGGCACACCAUCUAAAAUUGGCCUUGUGUCAAAUGCUCCGAUUCUGUGGCUAAGAUCAGGAGUUUCUUUUUCCUGAUCACGUGACACAAGGAAAAACUCGGCCACGAUGACCAUAUUCUUCUUAGUUAGGUCACGUGAUACGGCGAAACUCCUGUCCCUAUCCAUCAGCCAAUGAGAAGAAGGCAUGUUUAUUUCACGUGUGUCUCCUCUCGCCUGACUUCCGUUGAAACAGAGAUCACAGUAUCAAUGUUGUCCAUGUUAUCAGUCUCACUCUCAGCCCUUUGUGGGAAAUUCCCUUCAGUCUAAUCGUUAAGACCGUUGGUUUCCCAAGCAGACCUGGUUUCAGAUCCCACCGUGAAAUAUAAACCUCUGGGCUGCGUACAGGAGUGUGAAAAAUUCUGAACAUUGCUGAUAGACAGGGCAUGUAUAGAAAGAACUGACAUGAUUCCUUUCUCUAGUACAUGACAGAGAAGCAUGUCUGUUUACAUGUUGUAUUUCUAUCAGAACGGUUGUUCCACAUUGAACAUGAUUGCCAUUGAAUGGGAAGGUUUCACGUAUGCAUAUUAAGAACAUUCAGGAUUACAGUUUGUUUUUGAAAAACCAUCAUGUUGGUGAAAUAAAACUGUAGGAAAAAAUAUAUUUAAAAGAAAAUACAUAGUCAUUUAAGUAAUGCACAAAACGACACUAAGCCAGCUUUUACUUUGACACUACAUAACCAAAAGCAUGUGGACACCUGCUUGAACAUCUCAUUCCAAAAUCAUGUGCAUUAAUAUGGAGGUGGUCCCCCCCUUUGCUGCUAAUGUUGGAACAUUGCUGCGGGGACUUGCUUCCAUUCAGCCACAAGCGCAUUAGUGAGGUCGGGCGCUGAUGUUCGGCGAGUUGGCCUGGCUCGCAGUUGUCGUUCAAAUUUGGGGUUGAGGUCAGGGCUCUGUGCAGGCCAGUCAAGUUCUUACACACAGAUCUCGACAAACCAUUUCUGUAUGUACUUCGCUUUGUGCACAGGUGCAUUGUCAUUCUGAAACAGGAAAGGGCCUUCCCCAAACUGUUGCCACAAAGUUAGAAGCACAGAAUCUUCUAGAACGUCAUUGUAUGCUGUAGUGUUAAGAUUUCCCUUCACUGGAACUAAGGGGCCUAGCCCAAAUCAUGAAAAACAGCCCCAGACCAUUAUUCCUUCUCCACCAAACUUUACAGUUGGCACUGCAUUCGGGCAGGUAGCGUUCUCCUGGCAUCCGCCAAACCCAGAUUCAUCCAUUGGACUGCCAGAAGGUGAAGCAUGAUUCAUCAUUCCAGAGAAAGUGUUUCAACUGCUCCAAAGUGCAAUGGUGGCAAGCUUUACACCACUCCAGCCAACGCUUGGCAUUGCGCAUGGUGUUCUUAGGCUUGGAAACCCAUUUCAUGAAGCUCCCGACAAACAGUAAUUGUGCUGACGUUGCUUCCAGCGGCUGUUUGGGACUUGGUAGUGAGUGUUCCAACCGAGGACAUCCGAUUUUUACACGUUACAUGCUUCAGCACUCUGCGGUCCCGUUCUGUGAGCUUGUGUGGCCUACCACUUCGCGGCUGAGCCGUUGUUGCUCCUAUAUGUUUCCACUUCACAAUAACAGCCCUUACAGUUGACCGGGGCAGCUCUAGCAGGGCAGAAAUUUGACUAACUGACUUGUUGGAAAGGUGGCAUUCUAUGACGGUGCCACGUUGAAAGUCACUAAGCUCUUCAGUAAGGCCAUUCUACUGUCAAUGUUUGUCUAUGGAGAUUGCAUGGCUGAAAUAGCCAAACCCAAUAAUUGUAAAGUGGUGUCCACAUA